CUGUACAAUUAUUAGAUGAUCUCAGGAAGUAAUAAAAGAGUUUUUGGCUUGAUAUAUCAUAAGAGUUUAGAUUGUUACAUAUCAGAGUGUGCACAUGGGAAAAUCACUGUCAGAGGUGCCCUCAUCCAAGCCAUACCAGGGAGUGAGGGUCAAAGACCCUGUAAAGGAGUUGCUGCGGAGAAAAAGAGGAAAUGCUGCCAGAACGACACCCCCCGGCACAGUGAUGGUUCCCAACAACACUUUUCAGUCAUACACACAUGCUGGGACUUCUAGCUUUGUAGAAGCCAACCAGAGUGGUCUUAAUGAUUCAUUAGUGGAUGUCGGUGGGCUUUGCACAGGAUGGAUUGCCCAAACCACCAGCACAUCUGCUCUCCAGCCUUUGAGCCACUGGACUACCCCAGACUGCCAACACCACGACCCUACUAUCCCAUCCCACGCUGAUAUGUAUGUCCAGCCGAUCUGUCCCAGUUACACUGUGGUUGGCCCUUCCCCCAUGCUGACGUUUGCGCACACACCUCUCUUCACCAACCUUGCGACCAUGAGCACAUCCAGCUCAGCCUUGCCUCCGGUGGAGAUCCCAGACUCCUCCCUGACAUACAUUCCUUGGGCUCAGCCUUUAUCCACCAUCUCCAGCACCGUCAUGCAGUCCCCCUCUGUGCAAGCAGCCCUGUCAGCCUCCCAGCUCUUCCCAGUGCCUCUGACCUUGCCAGUAAUCUCACCAGAACCUGAGCCUAGGCAGGUGGAGCCUCCCCAGGCCCCCGAGGGCACUCUGGCCCUUGAAAAACUGCUGGAAGACGAUGAGAGCCACAAAGAACCCUACAUCUGCAACUCCUCGCUGUUUUCAGAAGACAUUUAAGAUAUUUGUAGAUUGGCACUUUUUUCGCGCAGCUUUUUACCUAAUCAAGAUUUUAUGGUGGAGCCAAUGUAGUCCUACAUUGAAUAAGCCCUAUCU